AUGAAGCUUUUGACUUAUCUAGCUGCAGCUGUGGUGACAGCGUCGGCCGAUUUCCGAAGCUAUAACCCGGGAGGACAUGGUUUUGGAGGAGGUUCGGGAGCAGCCUUUGGAGGAGGCUCCGGCUCAGGAUUUGGAAUCAGCUCAGGCUUCGGAGGAGGUUCAGUAUCAGGAUUUGGAGGAAGUUUAAGUUCAGGAUUUGGAGGAGGUUCCAGUUCAGGAUUUGGAGGAGGUUCCAGUUCAGGAUUUGGGGGAAGUUCAGGCUUUGCUUUUGGAGGAGGUUCAGGCUCAGGUUUUAUCUCGGGAGGAUGCAGUCCCGGACAAGUGUUCCAUGCUGGCAGAUGUGUCACUCCACGCGAGAACCGCAAAGUCUACUUAUACAACGCACCACCUGCACCACCAGUUCCCCACGGUCCUCCACCAUACAUCCCUGAGCCAACCAUUGAUACGAAUAUCGUGUUCAUCCAAACACCUGAAGAAGGUCCAGGACCAGAACCUAUCGUCAUACCUCCACCUCAGACUCGAAGCGUCGUCUAUGUCCUCAACAGACAGACACCAGAACAACAGGAUGUGAUCGAAGUCCCAGCGCCGCCAGCAACCAGUCCUGAAGUUUACUUCGUGAACUACGCUGACGGCGAGAACCCAGUUCUUCCCAGCGGUGUUGAUCUUCAAAGUGCCUUGAAUGCAGCUUCCCAAGGAGGCGGUCAAGUGAUUGGAGGAGGUGCCGGCGGUGGUUUCGGAGGCGGCGCUGGAGGUUUCGGAGGCGGCGCUGGAGGUUUCGGAGGGGUGCUGGAGGUAUCGCAGGCGGUGCUGGUGGUUUCGGAGGCGGUGCAGGAGGUUUCGGAGGCGGCGCUGGAGGUGUUAGUUUCGGAGGCAGUGGAGGAAACGGUGGUUUUGGAAGCAGUGGUGGGAUUGGAGGAUUCGUUAGUGGAGAUAGCGGAGAAUUUAUUGUCAGUGGAGGUGGCAGUGGUUUCGGUAGUGUAGGUGGAUUAAGUGGAGGCUCCCCUUCCAGUGUUUAUACAACACCAUAAAUCUGACACUUCACGUAUAUCAAAAAUAUUAUAUUCCUAUUUUUUUCUUAUGCUGUGUGUAUUUUUGUCUCAGAUAUGUGUUAUUUGUUUAA